AAUAAGGUAUCUUCUAUCACAACCCAAGCUUGGGCUAGCAUCUUCUUUUGGUAGAGCGAGCUCUAGCAUCUUUACGGGUGAAAAGCUAGAAACAAUCUGGAGGACGAUGCUAUUCAGAGCCGCAGCAGUCCUGCUGAUAGUGUUGUUGGGAUUGGCUUAUCAAUCCAUCCAGCCUCCACCUCCAAAGCUGUGUGGCUCUCCCGAUGGCCCCCCCAUCACUUCUCCCAGAAUCCAACUCAAAGAUGGAAGGCAUCUGGCCUACAAAGAAGCAGGAACUCCCAAAGAGAAGGCUAAAUACCAGAUCAUUACAGCCCAUGGUUUUGGUUCCACCAAAGAAUUUGUAUUCCCUGUGUCUCAGGCACUGGUGGAGGAGCUAGGAAUAUACUUGCUCUCGUUUGAUAGAGCAGGAUAUGGGGAGAGCGAUCCAAACCCAAAGCGAAGUGUGAAGAGUGAGGCUAUGGACAUUGAAGAACUUGCCGACCAAUUGGAGAUUGGGCCAAAAUUCUACGUCCUCGGGAUCUCCAUGGGAGGUUACACGAUCUGGGGGUGCCUGAGAUACAUACCACACAGGCUGGCAGGAGCAGGACUUGUAGUACCAGUCAUCAACUACUGGUGGCCUUCUUUUCCGGCUGAGCUAUCCAAGGAGGUCUACGGCAAGAUACUUGUGACAGAACAAUGGUCUCACUGGAUCGCACAUCAUUUUCCUUCUUUACUGUAUGGAUGGUUGACUCAGAAAUGGUUCCCUUCUUCAGCAAUAAUUGGGGGACACCCUGAUCUAUUCCCUGAGGAAGAUAAGGAAAUCUUUAAGAAAAUCCAAGCAAUGCCAAAUCCUGCUGGGGAUAAGCCAACACAGCAAGGUGUUCAUGAAUCACUCCAUCGAGACCUAAUGGUGGCAUUUGGCAAGUGGGAAUUUGAUCCUAUGAAUCUUAGCAAUCCAUUCCCUCACAAUGAGGGCUCUGUUCACAUCUGGCAAGGGUAUAAAGACAGGUUGUGCCAAGUGGAGCUGCAGCGCUAUGUUUCUAAGAAGCUUCCCUGGAUCCGAUAUCAUGAGGAACCUAAUGGCGGGCAUGUGUUCAUGCUUCUUGAUGGUUAUGGUGACAAAAUCAUCAAGGAACUUCUACUUGGAGAGAAGCCCUCGGUUAUGUGAAUGUGGUUUAUGGAGUUGCAGAUCUUGUAUUAUGCAUCUCUAAACAAUGAUCGUAUGAAGUUCCAAAAUGAAUGUGUAAACAUUUUAUUCAUGGAAAAUGCCAAAGCCUCCAACUCUUGGUUGGUUUGACAGACCCAAGCCCUCCAACUCUUGCAUUUCAUACAGUUUAGAUGACAAUGGCCAUAACUUUUUGAAGUCUUCCACAGAAGAAAAAUUGUUCCAUGUUUCUUA